CCUUCGCUAAAGCGCCCGGCGCCCUGGCCGCCACGCUCUUCUCUGCACUCGCCGCCGUCUCUCCACCCGACCCUGCGUCCAUCUGUCUGUCCGUUCACCGGUCCUCAGCAGCCCGCGCCAUGGACGCCAAGGUCGUCGCGGUGCUGGCCCUCGUGCUGGCUGCACUGUGCCUCGGGGACGGGAAACCUGUCAGCCUGAGCUACAGAUGUCCCUGUCGCUUCUUUGAGAGCCAUGUGGCCAGAGCCAAUGUCAAGCACCUCAAAAUCCUCAACACUCCCAACUGCGCCCUUCAGAUUGUUGCCAGGCUGAAGAGCAACAACAGGCAAGUGUGCAUCGAUCCAAAGCUGAAGUGGAUCCAGGAGUACCUGGAGAAGGCUUUAAACAAGGGGCGCAGAGAAGACAAAGUGGGGAAAAAAGAAAAGAUAGGAAAAAAGAAGCGACAGAAGAAGAGAAAGGCUGCCCAGAAAAGGAAAAACUAGUUAUCUGCCAGCUGGAUGGACCACAGUGCUCCCCGCUCGCUCUCGGCGCUUUAUAAACCCGCUGCCCCCUGGCCUGGCAACCCGCGUGCCAGGCCGCACUCUGCCACCAUUUCUGUGCUCCUAAAGGCCCUGCUGGCCUGUUAAGUUAUGAAGACAGUAGUUGUUCAGAGACUGUGUGCUCAGGAUCCUCCUAGCACAGCAGGUCCAGCCCAGGCCACACAAUUCCAUGCACUGAGUUCCCUGUCCCCACCGGGACCUGGGGUACUGCCUGGCUGACAGUAUCCACAGUCUGCUAACCCAGAGAGGCACCCCAUGCCUCCACCUGUUGCCUCAGUCCCUCUGUUCCUACAGCCUUCUCAGGACAGGCCGUGGCCCACUUGCCCCUGUGGCCCGGCCCUCCCCACCCUCCCUCCCUGGGCUCUGGCUUCCUGUUGGGCUGGACAGAGGCCCUGCCUGCAAGUUCAGGGGUUAUGCUGUGGUGUGGGUGCAUGGGAGCAGAUAGAUACAGACUCUUACCAGGGAGCCUUCUCUUUGGUGCUCACUCCAGAGUUGUGGAAUGGGUCCCCCCACUGGGAACAGAUAUGUGCGGAGCCAUAUGCACAGCCUGCAGCUGUGGCAUGUCCCCUCCCCCGUGCUGGGAAGGACUCCAGCACAGUCAGUCCCCACCAGAGGGAAACAUCUGCUUGCACUGAGUCUGCUUUCGUUCUAGAACUUUCUCCCCCACCGCCUUGAUAUUUGAGAGUUUGGCCAAGUCUCCCAUUUAGAUGGGGGUGAUGGUCCUGGGGGAAGAGGCAAGGCUGAAGUCAUGAAAACAAAUGCCUCACAUCUUGAACCCUUGUCUCCUUCCACCAGCAUCCCUCCCCUUACCCACCCCCAUCCUGCUUCCCUUAACCAACAAGGCUAGGAAGUACAACUGGGGGACUGCACAUCCCUGUGUAGGACUCUCUGGGGCCCCUGGGUGCUGGAUCCCUAUGCCUGGAUGGGUUCCCUCGGUGUCACAGAACACACAGCUAUUCACCUCUGGCUAAGAUGCUGGCACAGUGAGAUCUGGUCAACCUUCUCAGCAGUGUUACUCUUGGCAGCUCUGGAAACAACAGACCUCCACCUCUGAGUGAACAGAUGCCCACCCAGCCCCUUCCCCACCCUUGGGUAUCUUCCAGUGGAAGCCUGCCACUCUCCCCAUUUCCCUCAUGGGACCUCUCAGGGCAGCCUUACUUUUACUAAGCCCUCCAGUGCCACCCCACCUGGGGAGCAUCUACAGGCAGGAACAAGCAGGUUCUACUGACCUCUCGGUCUCAAGAGAGGUUCAUGAAGCCCCAAAAGCAUACCCGGUGGCUGAAGACCCUCACCUCCGAAGAGCAGAAGAUCCUGCCUGGAUCCUGUGGGGAAACCAGAAAUCCAGUCACAGCCAGGUGAGGGGGGUGGGCCACUGCGUGCCACCUGCCCUGGUGCCUCCCAGGAGAACCCUGGGGCCACCUCUGGUUUAUAGAGGCUGCUAGAGUGGCACAGCAACAGCCAAGAGAUGACAAGGAUGGACGUGGGGCUGAUAGACAUCGAAGUGCCUCUCGUCGGGACCACUGAGCCUGUGGUGGCCACCACCUGUCCUGGCUGGGAUGGACUUGCAGUCUCAGUGUGAGGCCGUGCAUGGGCCUUGUCUUGUGUUUGUGUGCCAUGCCUUGUACUGCUGGUCAUCUGUCUGCUCUCCUGCCACUUCUAGUCCUCCCUCCCCUGCUUUGCCUGCUUGUCCUCCCCUGCCUCUUGCUCACCCUAUCCUGCAGGAAGACUCGUGCCUGGGCUGCAAAUGACGCUGGGCCUUGACUUCUGCGCACCUCUGGCCCUGGGACCCCUCUUAAUGGUGUCUCCUCUGUUCUGUUAACAGGAGGUUCAAGAUGUGAGAGGUGGGUGAAUCGCCUGCGAACCUCACAGGAGCCCAGGCCUGCACAAUCAGUGUUAGGGAGGGGCGGCGUCCGCUCCUGGGCAGGACGGAUCUAGGGCCAAGGGCUUCUUUUGCACAGCUCCCCUUCCCUCGCCAUUGAUUCUGUAGCAGAACUCAUGGUGUUUAUUUCUCAUUUAGUUUGAUAAUCCAGUGUUAUCGUGGCAAAUAGGAACUUGUGCUAAGGCCAUUAUGUUAUUUGCUUUAUUAUAAUAGCUUUCCCAUGAAGACCCCUCCUUGUGAGUUUUGUGUUCUAGUUGAGAUGGGAGGUUCACCCCUGUCCCAGCAGAGGGGCCUGCCUCUUCCCCUAUACAGCAGGGCUCCCAGGCUGAGAAGGCCUGGGCCAGGGCAGAGACCAACCCUCCUGCUGCUCUCUCCACCAUCGCUGUAUUCCUCGUUCUCUGUCUCAUCCAUCCAUCCAUUCAUCGUCCUGUGUCUCAAGACUGUCUCCGUCACCCUGAAAAGGACGCUCUCCAGACAAAAGCUUUCAUUCCCGGUGGGCAAAGAGAGGAAAGCAAAGUGCCCGUGAAACACUGUAUGCGCCUCUGUCUCAUGUGCAGCACUGUCUGCCGUCUGCUUCUGUGUCCCCACUCACAGCCAAGGUCCCUCUCUGUGAGCCCUGUCUUGGUGCAGGCUGCCCCCUCCUGGUGUGCAAAGGUUGAGCAUGGGGAGAUGCCCUGGGUCCUCGUGCAGGAUGUGGCUGAGAGAGAAGCCCCACUUUUCCCAUGAGACCAGCAAACAGAGCCUGAGAGAAAUGAGCCACAGUGGCACCGACCUCAGCCCUGCUGACCCACCUUGCUGCUGCAGCAGCUGAGGUCUGGACUGCAGAGUUCUGGCUCAGCUUUGUUGGGGAAGUAGCAGGAAUUCCCCACCUUAUUUUCAGGAUACAAUCUGUAAGAGAGUCAGUCCCAGAACAAAGACUCCUCUUCAGUUAAUAUCUGACCUCACCCCUAGCAGGGCUGUCCUUAUCUCUUACAACCAUAGUCCAACAUCUCCAGCAGGGGAGGCAUGCCUUCAGGAAAGGAUCAGUCAAGUACCUGGAUUCAGAGUGCUGCCUUCUGACCUAGAGCUGCCUGUGUGCAAUGCACUCAAACAGGGCACGCGAGGCUACCCGUGCGCUUUCCCUGCAGUCAGUCUCCCAGUCCUGGUGGCAGACACUAGUAAAAUUCUUCAAAGAAGAAGAUGCAGAAAGAAAAGCAGGUCCUGAGUCGUGAGCAUUUGUGAUUUCAUCAUUUAGUAUCAGUACUAGGGACCAGACACAUCCAUAAAUUGACAAUUCCGAGGAGAAAGCAAAUCCAUCCACCAAAAGUUUCCCCUUAUUUAAACAAGAAUUAAAAUUCUCAAACCAACCAAGUUAAAUUGAAAAACAGGAGUUUGGAGGAAGUUUAUUAUUUCCCAGGAUUUGAACUAAUUUCAAAACCAUCAUUUGAAAUCGGUCUAUCACUACAGCAAUUCUGAGUGACCUAUGAAAUGGCCAAACUUCUGUGGAUGUCGCUUUCUAGGUAACCCAGGUAUUUAAAUCCAUGGCAAAUUUAGAAGAUUCUCCUUGGGAUCCAUGACCCAAGACCAUCAAGUCAAACCUCUUGGUCCCAGGAACUAGGGAGAGCCCACAUUCAACUGCAGUGAGGCAGUCACCUGGUGUCUCCUCCCCAGGGGACAGCAGAUCAGAGCAGAGAUGGCAGAAGCACCAUUUGUGUGACAAUUCAUCUCCCCCUGAAGAUCUGCCCCUGCCUGGAGACUGACUGGCUAUAGCUAAUGCGCAUUUCAAUAGUCCAUUUGCAAAGGAAAAAUCUCCCCUUCUAAUCCCUUUGCUUUAGAGUCAAGUGCACUGCACCAGGGAGCUGUGACAAGGACGUAGCACUCCCCACAUCCUCUUGGCUCUGUGACCGUGCUCCUCAGCUGCCAGCCUUUGCACCAGAUGGGAGGGGCCUGGGGCUGGGGCUUGUUGUGUGUGGGCGUCCAGAUCUGUGCCUUGUGUCCUGUACACCACUGUCCACCCUCUGCCAGCCACUGAGGCACCAGCAAGGGUGCACAAAUCCUAGGAAAGGUCCGCUUGGAAGAGCAGAGGUGGUCUGUGUGCCUGGAGUCCGGAGACCGAGUCCCCUCCCACAGGACCCCAUUGGCGCCUUCAUUGUGUGAUUUCCUCUGGUUGUUCCACCAUCAGGAGAUUCCAACCUGGGAACUGAGUCCCUUUCCUAGAGGGUGGGCCCCUGAUUCCUCUAUGCAGUUUCCCUGACCAUUCUGAAGGAUGCCCACCCUAGAAAUGCUCCCAGAAACCUCCAGGUCCCCUAAACUGACUGUAGUGUUCCAGAUUGCGGGCUGCAGCCUCGCUGAGUGCUCAGUGGCUAAGCAGCGAUGGGUUCCGUGUUCAAUGUGACGAAUACUGUAUUUGUGUUGUCAGUCGCAUCUCCCGAUAAUGUGAAGCUGGCCCAGCCGAAGGCAUCCCUGUGCAAAAUGUGUGCUCUUUUUUAAAAAAAAAUAACAAGUCUUUGAGAAGCAUCAGUUUCUACUUUAAAGUCAUAUCUGUUUGAAAGAUGUAUAUGCACUUAACAUUUUCCUAAUAAAAUAUUCAGAUGGAACUAC